AUGACGCACAAGGAACAGGGCGGGGCUCAGGACCCGCGAGCGGGGCAGAGGUGGGGCCGUGGCGGAGGCGGAGCCUGCGUCGGGUCAGUGUUCAGUCGCGCGGGCCGCGGGGCGGGGCCUGGCCGCGCUGACCGGGCCUGGCCUUCCUGGGAGACUGACCGAGCAGUGCGUCCGGAACCGCGGCGGCUUCAGUGCGUCCGCCGCACCGCUAGGGGGCAGCGCAGACUGACGGAGGACUCCGAGCCAGAGGGAGCGAGAUUCGGAUCUGCGCGGAGCCUGCACCCCGAGCAUCCUGGAGCCCAGCUUCAACAUGAGGGAGGGAGAAACCGAGGCACAGGAGGAACAGUGUCGCCUGUCUCUGACAGUCCAGGAACCCCGCCCACAGUGGGUUGGGUCGGGACUGAAGGGGUUAAACCCGCAGGGAAGCCUGGGGUUUCUGACCUCGGGGCAGAACCUGGGGCUUCCUCUCUCCUGGUGCUGCUGCUGCAGAGGUGGCAGAUUGCAGGUUUCCAUUCCUGGGGCGUGACCAUGCAGCUAGGCACGGCCCUGGUGCUGGGGGCAGUCCUGUGCCUGGGGUGUGGCCACCCCCUACUGCGGGCCCCCGCCCGCCCAUUCUCCGUGCUGUGGAACGUGCCCUCAGCACGCUGUGGAGCCCGCUUCGGCGUGCACCUGCCACUGGAGGCCCUGGGCCUCACAGCCAACCGUGCCCAGCGUUUCCACGGCCAGAACAUCACCAUCUUCUACAAAAAACAGCUGGGCUUCUACCCCUACUUUGGGCGCAGGGGCACAGCUCACAACGGAGGCAUCCCUCAAGCGGUGCCCCUUGACCACCACCUGGCACGGGCUGCCUACCAGAUCCGCCGCAGCCUGGGAACUGGCUUCGCUGGCCUGGCGGUGCUGGACUGGGAAGAAUGGUCCCCACUCUGGGCCGGGAACUGGGGCCGCCACCGAGCCUAUCAGGAUGCCUCCUGGGCUUGGGCACAGCGGGUGUUCCCCCACCUGGACCCCCAGGAGCAGCUGCGCAAGGCCCGAACUGGCUUUGAACAGGCGGCCCGGGCCCUGAUGGAGGGCACUCUGCGGCUGGGCCGGGCGCUGCGGCCCCGCGGGCUCUGGGGUUUCUACCGCUUCCCGGCCUGCGGCAACGGCUGGCACGGUGCGGGUUCCAAUUACACGGGCCACUGCCACUCGGCCACCCGUGCCCGCAACACCCAGCUGCGCUGGCUCUGGGCUGCCUCCAGCGCCCUCUUCCCCAGCAUCUACCUCCCGCCCAGGCUGCCGCCCACUCACCGCCAGGCGUUCGUCCGCCACCGCCUGGAGGAGGCCUUCCGAGUGGCCCGCGCCGGGCACCCACAGCCCCUGCCUGUCCUGGCCUACGCCCGCCUCACGUCCCGGAGCUCUGGCAGGUUCCUGUCCCAGGAUGACCUCGUGCAGACCGUCGGCGUCAGCGCAGCACUGGGGGCCGCCGGCGUGGUGCUCUGGGGAAACCUGGGCAUCUCCAGCUCUGAGGAGAAGUGCUGGCAUCUUCGUGACUACCUGGUGGGCACCCUGGGCCCCUAUGUGAUUAAUGUGACCAGGGCGGCCACAGCCUGCAGUCACCAGAGGUGCCAUGGCCAUGGGCGCUGUGUCUGGGGAGAUCCAGGACAGCUGGAAGCCUUUCUACACCUGCGGCCAGAUGGCAGCCCUGGAGCUUGGGAGUCCUUCCGCUGCCGGUGCUACUGGGGCUGGGCAGGCCCCACCUGUCAAGAGCCCAGGCCUAAACCCGGGCCUGAAGAAACAGCAUGAAGCCAGGACACCUGCCGCCGCCCUCUGGCCCCUGCUGCCUUUCCCAGUCCUUGAGGGCUCUGUCCCACUCCGUGCUCUUCAGCUUAGCCAGUCCUCCCACCCACACACCCUGCUCCCCACGGGUCCCUGGGGAGUGGAAGACGUCAGAAGGGAACAUUUACACCUGUAGACCCAGAGGCUCUCUGAGAUCACCUGAUCCCUCCUACAAAGCAAGCAGUCCCAGGGAGAGAGAGACGAGGUUCCAGAUGGUUAGGGUUGCCAACGCAGGGCUCUCUGUUCCUACAUGUCACCGGGCCCACGGAGAGGUGGAAGGAGACCUGUCCCAGGGCAGGUGGGCCUCAGGAUCUUGGCUAAGGUCUGCGCGCGCUUAAACUGUUGUCUGUACUUUGCUUUCAUCAUAAAGUCGCUUUUUCUUUCAC